AUGGAACUAGUGGAUUUUGUUGUUCAAGCUUUAAUUAAAAGAAUUCUCAUAAUUCCCUUUUUGUUGUAUGUUGAAACUGAAAAAUCUAAUGAUUAAUAAUAGAUAAAUAUAAUUUCUAUUGAUAUCCCCUUUGAAGAGUUGAAAAUUCUAUUCCUUAAUGAGGAUUCCAACUUGGAAUCUACAAGUGAACAAAUUGCUUUGAAAUCAGUGCAAUUUUAGGAAAUUAGAAUUCAGUUUAUUAAUAUUAGGAAUUAAUGUAAAUUUUCAUUUCAUAAUGAAUCCCUAAAAUUAGUGAAUGUUUUGGUAUUUAAUUUUAUAAAGUUUGUUCAUAUUAUUUAAUAAUUUACUUUAAAAACAAUGAGAUAUAUGAUUUUAUUUGCUCUAAUAAUGCUGGUUGUAUCAGAAGAUAUUAAAUGCCCAGCUGAUAUGGAUACGACUGUUUCAUGCACAAAAGAAUACUCACCAGUUUGUGGUUAUUCUUCUGAAGAUUAUCAACAAGGAACCUUCGAGAAUUCUUGUUUCGGCUGUAGGGCCAAGAAUGUCGUCUACUACAAACCAGAACCUUGUUUAGUUUACAGUGCCCCUCCUCCUGGAACAUCCACUUCCACAAAUACUAACAGUAAUUCUUCAACUUCAAGUUCAACAAGUUCAAUUCACAAAUGUGAUACACCCAAAAUUGAGAAUGCAAUUUGUCCAGAACAGUUCAAACAGACCUGUGGGUUGUUCAACAGCAAAAUCUAAUGUAUCAAGGCUCCUUGUGGACAAGUAUUUACUAACGAGUGUUUUGCUUGUGCCAAUGAAAAUGUUGAUACAUAUUUUUUCGGAAAUUGUGAUGAAUUACCAAAAGAAGACACCAACCAAACUCCCGAAACUGAUUACAUCAAGUGUUCAGAUCCUAGACCAGAAAUGUGUGACAUGCUCUAUACAGACACUUGUGCAUUCACUGAAUUCCCAUGUUAUUCCGACUCUUGCAUGAAACUCACUGGAAGUGGUUGCUAGGCCUGCUCAGAUAAGACUGUUGUUGGUUUUAUGAAAUAGGCAUGUUCAAAAUAUUCAUAAAUAUUUGAAUCCACCGCUGUGGAUGGUCAAAAAGACGGAACUGAUGAUUUAGCCGAUCAAGAAGUUUAAUACUAAUGCAGUUUGAACAGACCUACCAGUUGUGAUGACAAUGUCAACGAAGUUUGUGCAUCCUAGAAAUGCAAUGACACCAUUUGCAAAAAGGAAUAUUCAAAUGAAUGCUAAGCUUGCUUAGAUUCUGACACAACAUCUUAUAGUAAAGGAAAAUGCGAUGCAGCCUCAUCAGGAGUCCUCCUAGGUGUUGCCUUCAUCAUCCACCUUUUUAUAUGA